CAUAUAAUCUUUCUAUUAGCUUUGGCUUUGUUGAGAAAGCAAUGAUGGAAGAACAUAGACAAUAUUUUCGUAUCCUUUUCUUCAUUUAUCUUCUCUUCUGUUCUUCUCAAUUCGCUAUAUCCCAACGUUUAGUGAAUUUCAUUUCCGGUGUUCCCACUUUGUGGAUCAACAAACUUACUUAUACACCCAUCCUUCUGGAACGAAAUACUGGCCUACAAUUCCUCUACGGCUUCUCUUGCAAUUUCUAUCCGACAGAAUGCUUUCUUGGUAUCUCAUUAGUAGUUUACAACAGCACCGCUGGUGAGACCAUUUAUAUAGAGGGAGGACACUUAGUUUGGUCUGCUAAUCGAGACCGUCCAGAGAAAGCCAAUGCAACCUUGCAACUAGGCCAAGAUGGCAACUUGGUGUUCGCAGACUCUGAUAGCACUCUUGUUUGGUCCAGUAAUACCACUGGAAAAUCUGUUUCUGGCUUUAACUUGACAGAAACGGGGAAUCUCAUGCUCUUUGAUACGACCAACCGCACAGUUUGGCAGUCUUUUGAUCAUCCUACAGAUUGUUUGCUCCCCGGGAAGAAUUUGGUUUCUGGUCAGAACCUAACAGCAAACUGUUGGUGUUUUUUUAAAAAUGGGGCAGCACAAACAGAUUGAAAAUGUCUCUCAAUAGAUUGAAAUGACUUUCAAUAGCUUUCAAUGAAUUUA